AUGUUAUGCCAUUUGCACAUUCGGCGGUGCUGGUGGCGUUUUCUGCCAUAUAAAAAUGAGUCAUCCGGGGUACUGAUACACCGAGAGGCGCCCGGUUGCUUCCGCUCCCAUCUGCUGGGUGAAUAUCGCAAUAUCUCGUCAGCCGCCAAACGACCGGCUUCUGUGAAUGGACACCGCCGGACAAUCGAGAGGAAUCUGUCGACACAGAGUCAACGAUCUCCCGUGACACAGGGAUCGAGCUGUCCAACGGAAGAUAACAGUGAAAGGUGGUCUGCCUAUGAGGAACAUAUCGCACGAUGCGCUUCGGAAGCCGCGAUCGAAUACGUCCGGCGGCACAAGCUUGGACCUCACUGUGCUCCUGGAGGCGGGUCGCGUUGGACUCCGGUGGCACUGGUGCUAUUGGUCGUGUGCGCUGGAGUUGCGACAGUGGUGUACGUGGAGAGCGUGAGGUCUUCGCUCCUUGACGCUACAGGUAACGCGGCUGGCGUGCUACUGCACAACCGGGCGUUUCACGACCAGUCCAUGUCCUUCCUGCGUCGGUUGGCUGAGGACUUCCUGAACAGCGCGGAGACUGAGGAGCUGCUGAAGUGCAAGGUGGAGCAGCUGCUCUUGAGCUCCGGUGAAGUUCUGCGUAAUACCGUGGUCGAUAUAUUGCAACAGGACGAGGUCACUAAGACAGCGUAUUCCUUCAGUCGCCAGAUAACAGAAGACCUUUGCAAGGACGGAGAGGUCAUUGAGUAUGUAGGACAGCUGCUGUUGGACGCCAUCAAUACAAAGACAGCAGUGGAUGGCGCUGCGAAGUGGUUCUCGGAUAUCGCGGCACGCGAAGACACUGUUGAGACCAUCGAGCGUCUGCUGUGCGAGCGUGUCUUGUCGAACGCCACCGUGCAUGCGGAGGCCCUCAACCUGUGCAAGUCUGUGACUUCGCAGUUCCUGAGCGCGGAGUCGACGAAGCGGGAGUCAGUCGCGUUCAUCAAGUCCGUCCUGGACCGCCCGUCGCUUCACGCCCACCUGUCGCAAGCGCUCAUCGAGGUGCUCAAGCAGAGCUUCUACCCGCGCUGGUUUGUGGGUCAGGGCAAUUUCCAGUUGAAACGCUUUGAUGCUAGUGUCGACGGUGACGGAGUUCAGUCGCCUAAGGAAUCGGUGCCUCGCUUUAUAUAA